UUUCCUGUGUUCUUCAAAUAAUAGACUAAAAAAUAACAGAUACAAUAAUUCUUUGUACGGGAGCCGAAAUUUAUUUUUCAUGUUAUAUCUUCUAAAGGAAUAAUUAAUAACUGUACGUUAAAAUACCAUUAUUUGAUAUGUAGUCAUGUCAACAAGGAAACGUCUCGCGUAUCUUCUACUGAGACUUUGUCACUCGAUACGUUUAUUCCCACGAUAAUAAAAAUUCGUGUAAACAAUAGUGCGAUGAGUUGGUACAUUGCAGAAUUAAAAACGACGAAUUAAUAUAAGAUGUUACUGUACACGAUAAUCGGAGGUUAUAUGAUAACGUCGAUGAUAUUGUUUAAAUAUCCAACGUUAUUGCACAAAAAGAAAAAAGUAAAAUUUACGUGUCAACAUAUCAGCCACAGAGGAGGAGCGGGGGAGGGCUAUGAGAAUACGAUGUAUGCCUUCAAACGUGCUGUUGCUAUUGGAACAGAAAUGUUGGAAUUGGAUUGUCAACUCACAAAAGAUGGAGAGGUAGUCGUGUCUCAUGAUCAAAAUCUUUUACGCUGUACAGGUACAGAUAAGAAUAUUUCAGAAUUGGAUUACAAAGAUCUACCUCUAUUGAAAUUGUGUCUUCCAAUUGAUUUUGAUCCAGAUGCAGAAUAUAUUGGUCCGGAAAAAGAAGAAGAGAGACGGUUUCCCCUAUUGAAAGAAGUAUUCGAGGCAUUUCCCAAUAUGCCAAUUAAUAUCGAUAUUAAAAUUAACAAUGAUGAACUUAUAUCAAAGGUGUCUGAACUGAUAAAGCAGUACAAUCGCGAAGAAUAUACAGUUUGGGGAAAUUUUGAUGAUAAGAUAACACAGAAAUGUUAUAAAACGAAUCCAAACGUGAACUUGUUAUUCUCUAUGCGACGUGUAAGCUUGUUAAUAGUUCUCUUAUAUACUGGCUUGUUACCAUUUGUGCCUUUAAAAGAAACGCAUCUGGAAAUAUUUCUACCUUCCAUUUAUAUAAGGUACGUUUAAAACGUUAGUUGCUAUUCAGUAAAAUAAAGUGAAUAUUAAUUAUAAUUUUAUCACAGGCACCAACGAGUUCCGAAAUCAACAUUUUUACCUUUAGAGAAGAUUCUUGUGCGCACUAUUAAUGUACUACUAAUGAGACGAUGCUUAUUCAACCAUUUAAGAGCUCGCGGGAUACACGUUUAUUUUUGGGUCUUAAAUAGAGACGAAGAAUUUCAAAAAGCUUUUGAUCUUGGAGCAACUGGUGUAAUGACAGAUUAUCCUACAAGAUUAAAAUUAUUUUUAAAAACUCAUUCGUUUGCAUAGAAAUGAAUAGCAAAUUCCAGAAAUCACGAGAAAUAUUUAUACAUAGUAUUCUAUGAGUCCAUGUGAAGCUUUUAUCAAGCAACUGAAUUCUAAUUACUGGAAACUAAAGAUAAGAAAGUAUUAGAAUAGCUUAUUCAGAAAGUUGCACAUACAGUAUGAGUAAUAGAUACCAUAGCGCAAAUAUGUUACUUAAAAAUUUAGUUUUACUAUUCCAUCAAAUCCAAAUGAUUAUUAAUUGUGGAAUUCAGUAUUAUUGUAUUUUUGUACAUUCUACAAUGGACAAAGUACAAUUCAAUGUUACUAAUAAUGAUUGUUAUAAACACUGCACACAUAGCUUAACUAUAAAAUACUAAAUUAUCUAUUAAAAAUUGUUUGCAACAUUUUCAUAAAUAUAUAAAUAUUUUUUUAAGUAAGACAUUAAUAAAUUACUUUAUCUAUUCUAUAUGUAUAUAUAUAUUCAUUACAAAUUAUAAUAUAAUAUUUUUAUAAAAUACAUAUAUGAGUAUUUAUGAAAUAUAUCGAUGAACACAAAUGGCAAGUGUCGGCGGAAUGUGUAGUACAUAAUUUGAUCUGAAACAUAUUUUCUUACAUUCAGUUACGUAUAUUUCUAACCUAAAUAUUGCAAAAAUUACCUAUCACAGUACAAUUUGCAAAUUGAAAGUUUCUAUAAACAGAUGUAAGACGAUGUAUUUUGUAUACCUAUCUUAAACAUAAUUCUAUAUACAAAUACUUUUGUAUUUAGAACCAAUUUUAAGAUAUCUGUAAGUUUAAAUUCAAUCAUUUCUUGUACAACGGCAACUUCUUUCGAAUGGAAUUUUGUGUAUUUCUUGCUGCACAACUGCUUCCAUAAUUUUAAACAUUUUUAUAUCCAUGUUUACUUGUAUCUUCGGUUAUAUUUUGUAAAAAAAGUCUUUAGCACUUUUUUGUUUUGUAAUUGCAAUAAAGAAUUAAACUUA